AUGCGCGGCAAACGUUCAAAGCAGUAUCGUAAGCUCAUGCACCAGUAUGAGCUUUCCUUCAACUUCCGUGUUCCUUACCAGGUCCUGGUCGAUGCCGACAUGAUCAAGGACACUUUUCGCUUCAAGAUGAACCUACCUCUCUAUCUUGAACGCACUCUCCACGGCCAGGUCAAGNNCCCAUGCUCAAUACGCCACUUGUAUACCGCUGAUGCACCUGACGCUGCUUCCAAGAAUGCAUGGAUCGACACCGCAAAGUCAUUCGAACGCCGUCGCUGCAACCACCACACUCUCGAGGAACCUCUGUCCACAUUGGAAUGUUUGAAAUCCGUCGUCGACCCCAAGGACAGCAGCACAAACAAGAACCGCUACGUCGUCGCCAGUCAAGACCANAAAGUCAGAUCCGCAAUGCGCAAGAUCACUGGUGUGCCGCUCAUCUACGUCAACCGAAGUGUCAUGAUCAUGGAGCCUAUGGCAACACAGACCGAGGAGUUCAGAGAGGCUGAAGAGAUGGGCAAGGUCAGAGCAGGCUUGAAGGGCAGAAGAGGUGCCGCGCCCGAGCAAGCUUUGAAGCGCAAGAGAGAAGAUGAGGAUGAGGACGACGACGCCGAAGCAAAUGGCGAUGCUGCCACACAAGACACAGAAGCUGCGCCAAAGAAGCGAGCAAAGAAGGGCCCCAAGGGUCCCAACCCCCUCAGUGUCAAAAAANNGUCGAAGAAGCAGACGGCAAAGCAGGAGGCAGAGAGGCAAGCAAUCAGGAAAGCCACAAAAUCAGAUCCGCAAGCCGCUGAGAAGGCGCUCGACGCAAAUGUCGCUAUCGAUUCUACGGCAAACGAUGGUUCAGAAGCGGCAGGCAAGAAGAGAAGGCGAAGAAAGCACAAGACUGCUGGUGACUCGGCCGCUGAUCAGGCUGAUGCCGAUGGUGCUCCUCCUGCUGCUGCCAUGGAGGUCGAUGCAUGA